AUGAACAUAUUCCGAGAUGAUUUAAUCAUCCGUUUAAAGUAUGGUAAAGACAGAUAUCUGAUUGCCGAGCAAGACGAAGAAUCUGUGUCAAAAUGUCGAGAUGGUUCUACAAAGAAUGCACAAUGGACCAUCGAGAUGAACGAUGAAGAAUCUUUAUUCUUAAAAAGUUGUUAUGGAAAAUACCUAACAGCAUCAAACCAACCUUCUAUUCCGGGAAUGAUUGCUAAACAUCUUAAAGUCACCCAAACUUCGCCGGAAAAGAAGAAUACUUCCCACCAAUGGCUACCGGUGAUUCAAUCUGACCCUGUAAAACAAUAUUCAAUCUGGUUAAAGACACCUCAUGGAAGCUAUUUGGAGGCACAUACUGGACGGAAUUUAAUUACACAUGAUCUUCUAGGAAGGAAGGGUUGUAAUCCUCUCAACAAAAAGAUUUUGUGGCAUAUUGAGAUUGUGGAGUCACCUUCAGAUCAUUGGAGACAUUCUGGCUCCUUAAUGUCCAGAAUGUUAUUUGGUAUGAGAUCAUUCGUCUCUGAAAAACAUAAAGAUAAAGAGAAGAACGAGUGUUUGAAGGAUGAGAAAGAAACUACAAAGGAAAGAAUGCAUACAAACAUAUUAUCACAUAAGUUAUUUAAUUCAAAAAGUUGUUGA